AACAAAGACUGAACAAGUUGUUACUCUUUGUUAGAAACCAAGUGAUCAAAUCUGAUUAAGCAAAUUGGAAUUGUUAUCAUGAGAUAAUCAGAGUCGUUUGUUGAUUGUUAAAAGAAAAAGUUAAUCUUUACUGAUAAAAAGUAUAACCUGAGUGCUGAAUUAUAUUCUGGUUUAAGUUCAAAAUCUUUACUUGUUGCUAUCUAAAGUAUUUGUUUGUUUCCAUUGUUGAUUUGAUCAAUUUUUGUACCACAAUAAUGGCUAUUCUUCAAUUAGUAAAAUCUUCUGCUGUAAGAUCAAUUAGACAAUUAAGUAAUGCUUCUGGUUCCGAUGUUGUUGUUGUUUCUGCCCUUCGGACACCAAUUGGCUCAUUUAGAGGAUCAUUGUCACAAUUAAGUGCUGCUCAAAUGGCCACUCAGGUGUUUAAAGCUUUAAUCAGUCAAUCAGGCCUUAAACCUGAGCAAAUUGAUGAAGUGAUUAUGGGACACAUUUUGACUCAUGGUGGUGGACAACAUCCAACUCGCCAAGCAGUAAUAAACUCGGGCCUUCCAUCAAGCACAGUUACAUCAACAGUUAAUAAAUUAUGUGCUUCAGGUAUGAAGUCACUUAUGCUUGCAUCCGGUUUAUUGUCACUUAAACAAGCAAAUAUCAUGAUUGCCGGUGGAAUGGAGAGUAUGUCAAAUGUCCCUUACGUUUUGAAAAGAGGUGACACCAACUAUGGACACACUACAUUGCAUGAUGCUCUUCUAUCUGAUGGACUUAUGGACGCUUUUCACAAUAUUCACAUGGGAAAUUGUGGUGAAAAUACUGCUAAAAAGUACGGUAUCACCCGAGAAGAUCAAGAUAAAUUUGCAAUCUCAAGUUAUGAGAAAAGUGCUGCCGCAGCUAAAUCUGGACUAUUCGACAAGGAAAGGAUUUCUGUUACCGUUCCCGAUCGAAAAACUGGAACCAAGACAAUUAGUGACGAUGAAGAGUAUCACAAGGUUGAUUUCGGUAAAUUGGCAAGUCUUAAAAGUGUCUUCCAAAAAGACGGAACCAUUACCGCUGCCAAUUCUUCUAAAUUAAACGAUGGAGCCGCUGGUUGUAUUCUGAUGCGAUCAGAAACUGCUAAGGAACAUGGAUUGAAACCAUUGAUAAGAAUCGUAGAUUAUGCUGACAAUGAAUUGGAUCCAAUUGAUUUCCCUGUCGCUCCUGUUGGUGCUAUUAAAAAAUUACUCUCUCGUAAUGGAAUCAGUAAAGAUGAUGUCAAAAUGUGGGAAAUUAAUGAAGCUUUUAGUUGUGUUCCCUUGGCUCAUAUUAAGAUUCUUGAAUUGGAUUCAAGUAAAGUCAACAUUCACGGUGGUGCUGUUGCCCUGGGUCACCCUGUUGCUGCUUCUGGAACCCGAAUCGUUGCUCAUUUAGCUCAUACUCUUAAAUCUGGUGAAUUUGGAAUCGCUGCAAUUUGUAAUGGCGGUGGUGGUUCAUCCGCUAUGCUCGUUCAAGCAGUUUAGUCAGAUUCCAAUCGCAACUAUUACAGAAAAAGAGAAAUUUUCUUCCAAUUUCUUUAAUAUUUGUAACGACCAUUAAUCCAUAGUCACUGUUAAUAUUUCCAGCGAUUUGGAUUAACAAUUUUGUGCCGAAAUUAUAAAAGCAAAAAUUAUAUUCUAAGAGAAAAAAAAACUUAUAUACAAAUUGGAUAAUAAAUUUGUUUUAAAAGAAAAA